GCUGGGUUGUUUAUUGUUGUGUUGAUUGUGCUUUGUGAAAUAAAUUGCCGAACAGUCUUUGCAACACUUAAAAUAUCAUUUUAAAUAGCUGUUUUAAAACUGAUAAAGUGAAGUAAUAGAAGAAAAAGAACUCUAGAAGAAAUAGUUGUUUUCGAAGAUAAUGGCCCUUGCAAAUAUAUCUGGAAUCCCUGACAAGCACUGGCAACCACCGUUUGUAGCACUUGAAACAACUAUGGGUGAAUUAGUUAUUGAACUUUAUUGGAAACACGUGCCAAUUACAUGCAGAAAUUUCGCUGAACUCACACGACGCGGAUAUUACAGUGGAACGAAAUUCCAUAGAGUCAUUAGAGAUUUCAUGAUACAAGGCGGAGAUCCUACGGGAACGGGAAAAGGUGGCGUGUCUAUUUACGGUGAAUGUUUCGACGAUGAAAUACACGAUGAUCUAAAACACACAGGUGCUGGAAUAGUGUCUAUGGCUAAUUCGGGACCAGACACAAAUGGAUCUCAAUUUUUUAUUACAUUAGCACCUACACAGUGGCUAGAUGGAAAACACACAAUUUUCGGUAGAGUCCAUUCUGGCAUGGCAAUAGUAAAGAGAAUUGGUUUAGUCGAAACUGAUAAAAAUGACAGACCUGUUGACGACAUAAAAAUUGUUAAAGGAUCAGUAAGGAAUGCUUAAUAAAAUAAAGAC